GGAGCAGGAGGCGAACAGCUCGCUCGACAUACGUUGAUGUGACAACAAACUCCACACUUGUCUGUUAUUAUUCCUUUUAAACGUAAAAAAACGACAUUACCCCCGGCAGCCUUCAUGUAAAUUAGUGCUCGCUUUGGUUCAAGAGAGGAACAUUUGAGGAUGAUUUCGCCGUGGGACCGUUGGUACUCGACGAGUUGCUGCCUCUGCUGCCAUGUCCGGACGGGCACCAUUAUUUUGGGCAUUUGGUACAUGCUCAUCAACGCGGUCGUGCUACUCAUCCUGUUGUCGGCCCUCAAUGACCCCGUGCAAUACCGCUACCACCUCACCAGCUCCGAGCUGGGCACCGACGUCGAUGUCAUGGACGACGCCAAUAUCUGCAUAGCAACAGCAAUUUCCCUCCUCAUGAUUCUUAUAUGUGGCAUGGCAACAUAUGGCGCUUACAAGCAACACGCCGCAUGGAUCAUUCCGUUCUUCUGCUACCAAAUCUUCGACUUUGCCCUUAACACCCUAGUGGCUAUCAGCGUGGUGGUGUACCCCAACACGGUGCAGGACUACCUCCAGCAGCUGCCAGGGACCUUCCCUUACAAAGAGGACAUCAUGUCCACCAAUAAUAUGUGCCUCGUCUUUGCAGUCCUCCUCUUCAUUGGCGGCAUACUCUCCUUUAAGGCCUACCUGAUCGGUUGCGUGUGGAACUGCUACAGAUACGUAAGCGGCCGAGGCACCACCGAAGUCCUCGUCUACGUCACCACCAACGACACCACGGUCCUUCUCCCACCGUACGAGGAAGUUGUUGCCAUCCCUCCUAAGGAGCCCCCUCCCCAGUACGUGGAGGCUUGAGCCCACCACGUACCACGUCCUUUUCUCCUUAAACACCCUGCUCCUCCAACGGUAGCCGUAGCUGAGUCCAGGAUGUCGACGUACGCCGACAUUUCCGUUAUCUUAGCGCCACCUCGAGACGGUACCUUUACCACCGUGACGUACGGACACGCACUUUGAGUCGGCCACCAACUGUUAACCCUCUGAUACUGUGAAUCUCCCUUGUGUUCGGUCGUGAGGUGAGAAGCAAGAGCACUUUUUCGUCCCCUUCCCCCUUUGAAUGUAACGAUGGGGUAUUUUUGUAUGGAUUUUUUUGUAUAACCGAAGGGGGAAAAAGGUUGGCGGUGAAAUCACAAUCUUCUGAAAGUCUUCCUAGAAACGUGCGUGUCACCUGUAAGAGAAUUCCACGAAAACGGCGACGUCUUCCUCCUUUAUGUCUUUUAUUUUUCUAAACAUUUAGCUCGGCUGGACUCCAGGGCAUUUUUCUAUAGUGACAUGACAUAACGCUCUUUGUGUGCAUCGCUGAUCUUUUUCCAAACAAAUGACGUAAGGUGCAUUAGCCUAGCACAUGGGUGUCCAAACUAUUUUUUCUUUGAGAUAAUCGGAAUACGGUAUAAAUGAUAGGGUUUUUAACCAACUGUCAUUGACGACAAUUGACGCUCAAUCUGCCAGCCCUCCCAGUCAAAAUGGAUUGGAGGUCUUUCGCUGUCAAUAGGGUGAAACAUGAUCACUCAAUAACAGCUUUCUCAGAUGGCAGUGAAUGAGUUAAGAGUUACAACAAAUAAAAUAAUACACUUAUAAGGACAUUGCAAAAUAUAUUUAUAGCAGCAAAAAUCAUGAAAAUCACAACUAAAAUAGCUCUGUCACAUUGGAUUGGUUUUUAAAUAUGUUAAUUUAUGUCAAAUCAACAGUUUCUUACAUUGACUUUAACAUGUCAGUUUUUGAGGCACUGUUUAAGUGACUAGCUCUAAGGUUGAAGCUGAGAAGUGCUUCUUAGCUUCUUGUGUGGGCCAUAUUCAAUAUUUUCAUCAUUAGCCGCGGGUUAAUAAAAACUUUAGUAGCAGGCCGCAGUUUGGACACCCGUGGCCUAGCAUAAUAGCACAAACGGGUAGCGCACUUAAAUAAAAUAUUUUAUUAACUAAAUUGUAUGCGUGUAUCCCAGUUUAAAUUGCAGUUCAUGUUGCAUGCAACAAUUUAAAAAAAAAAAAUGAAAUUUAAGAAUCAAUUGACCUUUCGCAAAAGCUCCGCCCCUUUUAGUUACGGUUGCUAAUCACGCAAGCUUCGUCACUCUACGGCACAGCCGUUGCGGGCGGACGUAUAUAUACACCAGAGUUUUUAAGUGAUAUAUUUUGGCACAAAACUAGCAAAACAUCAUCCUGAUCUAGGCAAAGGGUUUACAAAAGCAGCAGAGGGUUAUAUUGAAAAUAUAUUUUUUUUAAAUAUAACAAAUGUAAAAAAAAAAAUUUUUUUAAUGUAAAACUGUAACAAGCUAUCGAGGCAAAAGCGUAGAGGUUUAUACAUACCUAGAUACAGGUUUGUAGACAUUUACAGCCAAGCAAAGGGUUGGGUUUCUAAAGUGUCCGUUCACAAAAUGCUACAUGAAAAAUGAAGACAAAAUAAGUUUAAGGCCCGUAUUAGAGCGCUAUGUUGAUUUAAAAAAGGAAGCGCUAAUCAAAAAAUGCAAUGCGAACUUGAGCAAAUAAUGAAAUAGCCACACUAAUAGCAUUAUAGAUGUUAUAGCGAUGACAUCCUUGUAAGAUAUAGUAUUGGAUAACAGUAACUACAACUAUGAUAUCCAGUUUUAUGAAUGUUCUUGCCUCUACUAAGGCAUUUUGGCAAGACAGCUUGCUAGUUAGCCUCUGGCGUUAGCUUCAUUUUACCUUACAGCAAGAGAAUACGUUUGUAUGCUUGUUUUUUUGGAGACAUUUAGGCUAGGUGCAUACCACAGGUCUUAAUGCACAAUUCCGAUGUUUUUGUUGUAUCCAUUAUUUAUUUGGCGUGCCCGUUCAGACUGCCUUUGUCCAUUGAGCUGGUUCAAGUAUCACGCAUGCACACUAAUUCACAGUCCGAGAUUUGCUGUGCAAACUGACCCUCUUGUGCUGAAUCAUCAAAACAAAUGCUGUCUCAACGUCUUCUAGGGAGAUCGUGUUUUGAUUCCCAAAAACAGGACACAAAUAACAGACAUAAAUCCAGUGAUCCCUCGCGACUUUGCGCUUCGAACUUUGCGCCCUCAGUCCACCACGGAUUUUUUUUCAAUUUAAAAAAAGGGAAAAAAUACAGAUGAGCUGUCCCGAGCCGAUCUCAUAGUCUAACACUUGCUCCGUCCCUCCCUCUCCCUGCUCUUUGUUCGUCAAUGAGUGAACUGAAGUUGCUUAUUAACGUAAAUGAUGAUUGACAGACGGUUAAGCUUUGAUCUCACCAGAGAUUCGACCUUCAAAGGGCCGCAUGCGUCAAUCAUCGUUUAACUUGUUAAGCAGUUGCUGUGGCAACUCAUUCUGUGUAAGUGAGCAGCUGGAUUUGAGUGGACACUCAGUGAAGCGUUUAAUAAAGACAAGCCUUUUACUUUUUUUAAAUGGAUUGGGCGUCUACUUUUUUUCUUGUUUAAAAAUAAUUCUUUGGGACAGUAACAUGUUUAAAACUUAUUAUAAUUAUUACAUUAAAAGAGCUUUAAAAACAUUUUUCAAAAUAUAUAUAUACAUACAAGUUUUUUUUUAUUAUACUUUGAGGAAUGAUAGUAGAUCUGAAUAAAUACAUUGGACAAAAAAUUUGGGGGGGGGGUGCGCUACUUCACGGUUUUUCACUAAUCACGGUGGACUCUGAUCCCCAUUAACUGCGAAAAACGAAGGUUCACUGUAAUCCCCGUUUAAUUUUAUAUUCAAAGCUUAUAUGGAUUGAUAGCAUGUAUGCACUGCGUGCAUGACGCUCACAUAUACGGACAGUUUUUCCCCGACUCUUGGCCGUGUAAGCAAUCUUGAAAUACUGCUCAUUUGGAGCACGGAAAGAAAACCGAGCAUUCUCAGGCUUACCCCCCCCCCCCGUCACACACACACAUUUUAUUUUUUUAUGACUGUUGUCAAGCUCGCCUCUUCCCUAAAAGCCGCGUUCAAGCUGGGCGCUAACGCACAGCUCGCUAACCUAGCACCCUGUCUCUCGCUCUUUGCUGACGUAAUUGCUGCAUGAAUUCCGAUUUGGGGGACUUGACAGAUCGGAUUUGAACCACACACUAAAGUAAGCUAGCUCGGAAUUGAAAUGGUCCACUUCUAUGCGAAAUGUCAUGUUGACUGUUAAGUUAAUGCCUCACUCGAGUCGGUAAAACACGAAAAAAUCAGAAUUCUGCAUUAAGGUCAGCGGUAUGAAACUUUUGUUGGGAGUGACACGGUGUUGUUUUUUCGGCUUAGGGAAGAGAAAGAACCACAUAUAUAGUGGUAUACUCCUGAUAUAAUCUUGUCCGAUUUAGAUAUCCAAUCGGCGCAUCGCUUCACUAUUUGGACGUCCGUAGCUUGUUGAACCUUUUCGUCUGCUUCUGUAAAUUUUUACAAAAGUUGGCAAUCGCAAAACGACCAAAUACAUCAAUUAUACAAUGGGGCAUCCGAAAGCUUGUCAGAGCUUGCUCCUUAACAACGGUCUCGAGGACGCAUGAUUGGUUGGCAGCCGUUUAGGAGGCGGAGUUUGCAAAAGGUCAGUAGAAGUAUUACACAACCUUUUUCAUUCAUCCUUACUAAAAUAUAUCAGUGAACUAGCCAAAUGAUUUAAAACAUUUAAAAUAUUGCAGAUUUAAGUGUUGGUGGUGUUACCUAACCUUUUUUAUUAUUAUCAAUUACCAUAACAUCAGCAAAAAGUGCAGAAAGCAAAUGAUAAUUUACAUUUUAAAUAAAGUCUUAAAUUUUUUUUUUUAAUUUAGCCUAUAACUACAAGGAGAAAAAAAUAGAUAUUUUAGCAACUAUAGUAGGCGCCUUCAUGAGUGAGUCAUGACCCCUGCUUUUGCACAUGCAAUAGAACUGCAAUUAGAGUGAACACGCACUUUAAAGUGACAGACAUGACAUUGCGUGUCGUGACGUUGCGUCCGGAAAAAUAAACCGCAGUGCGGUUUGACAUUCUAAGGCAGUGUAAGGAGAGCUCAGCAAAGAUGGCGUUAAGACAAAAUGGCGGGAGAUGGGAUGACUGAUGCCACGGUAUAUAAUUGUCACAAUCCCCUUGACUGUCCUUUGUUUUCAUCCGGUGAUGUGUCCUCAUUCAUUCAUUCGUUCAUUUUCCAUGCCGCUUUUCCUCAACAUUCUAAUAAAUUAGAAAAAAAAAUAGUGUUGGCUUAUUAUUUAUGGUUUUACUAUAUAUGAACAAAAAAAUGUCUUCAUUCAAUUGCUAAUUAUAUAAAUGUAGAUAUCUGAAUAUUAUAACGAGCAGAAUCUGCUUUUAUGAGGCUGUCAAGCUGAAGUGAAAAUAAAUGACGCAACAGCUGAUGUUUGACAAUAUUUUUUCCUGCCUCGCCUUACGUAAACGCGGCAUCUGCUGUAUUAUUAGCGCAUUACCACACUCGGGGCGGCGUGAGCAGCGUUGCUGGAUGUGUAUUAACACUUAAACCACAGCGGUCACUAGAGUGGACAAAAGUUGGCACUUCUUUAACCCUUCAUAGAUCAAUUGAGUACAGUAAUGAAUUGGACAUCUAGUGCCCUCAGAGGCUAGUAAUGAGUUAAACAGACUACGAUUACAUUAACGAAUAAUUAAUGGAUGUUUUUAUGGCUCGCAGACCCUUGUUUGAGACCUAGCGAUCAAACGGCUGCACUGUGGCAUCCAAAACGAGACAUAAUCCGUGUCACGCGUUGGCCCACUUUUUCCGCUAAACCAUUUUGUCCAUUCACAAUUAGAUAGAGGGAAUCUCUGCUCAUGUGCUCACAUGCAGAACAGCGUCAGCCUGAAAAUGACAGCUUUGUUAACAUUUCAAGUACCGUAUUUUGCGGACUAUAGAUCGCAAUUUUUUUCAUCGUUUGGCAGGGGGUGCGACUUGUACUCUGGAACGACUUAUUUGUGAAAUUAUUAACACAUUAUUUUAUCAUUGUUGCUUGUUGGCAUGUUCUUUAUUCAAUAGUUAUCUGAAUAUAUCUUAAUAGCUAUGCUAGGUUAACAUACUUGGCACAAUCUGAGUUCGUUGUUUGUGAGUCAUGUAACGCAGAAGUGGCUAGUAACGCAUUACAUUUACUCCGUUACAUUUAUUGGAGUAACUUUUUGAGAAAAAUGUACUUCAAAGAGUAGUUUUACUGAGCCUUACUGUUUACUUUUACUUGAGUAUAUUUGUGAAGAAGUGCUACUCUUACUUCAUUACUUUGGGCUACUCUAGUCGUUACAUUUUUCCCUCUUAAUUCUAUAUAUUAGAUUUUCCUUUUUUUUCGCCAGCGAUGCCAACAGUAGCUCUACCAAUUUCAUCAAAUAGACAUCGCAACAAUAAUCACAUGACUCCAUUCAUAGACUUCAUAAUAUAUUGACGGGACAAGGGGCGCGGGGCCGAUUCAUAAGGGGUCUAUCUCCGUCAAAACUGACCAAGUGGAAACACAGACAAUAAGCUUUUUACGUCGAAAAUUCUUGUGAAUAAAUGCUUGAACCCUGAAUUCUUUUAUAGAUAUGAAAGCAAAACAGUCUCGAUUCUUGGUUAAAAGCAAAAAAACAGGCAGUUAGCAUUUAUUUCACGUAAAUAUGUCGAAUGUGAUGCUAGUCUUUUAACCAAUGUGGCACAGCCUUAUCACAACAGAGCUUUUUACGAUGAAUAUUAUUGUUAUUAUACAGUUGGAUUUGUAAUGAUUAGAACUGGCAGCGCUAAGACAACAGGCAGAUAAAGACAGUAAGGUACAGGACGCCUUCUGACCACGGAAGCCCUUCGCGCGCGUCAUACAGCUGACUGAGCAAGCCCAACGCUGACAACCAGGUGAUAGGCAAGACAUCUACAAGCCCAUCUGCACCACCAAAUCUCGCAAUCAGCUCUUCUGGAUAGUCCAGAACAAAUGGCGGGACAUCUUGUCUUUCCACAAGGGACAUCUGAUACGGAGGAACCCGCGACUGAAAAGUGAACACUCGGCACUCACGUGGCGCUGAGGAUGGCAAAAUCCUUCACUCUAGUUGCCCUGACAACCGUAACGCUCAAAUCCUCCUGUCCAAUCAACAACAGACAACAAUCCAAAACAACGCCUAAACACACCCUUAUUCCGGACCGCAGCCGACCUCACUGGAGUGUUUAAAACAUUGAAUGUUUAACUCAUCGUUGUCAUUUUUCACAGGAAUCUUUUGUUGACUUGUGAUAUGGUGACCCCCAGAUCCUCGCCUGGGUCUCUCUGUGCUGUAUGAAUGCCGUCAACUUGGAAUAAUUUGUCAACUUGUGUUUCGAAGCCUUUUUCCAGCUUUUAAAAUGGAGUCAGUACAAGGGGUUAAUACUAAGGUGAACGCGCAGAGUUUGGCCUUUUGGCCGGGUUGUCGAGUUGCGCUGGCCCGGGUCCUUGGAAUUGCGCUAGCACGGUUCCGGUGGUUCAGCUGGCCUGAUUCCAGCAAUCUGGGCAAAAGGUCAGAUUCCUUCAACUUCUAUUCAACUUCUUCUCUUCUUUUAUUUGCUUAUGUAAUGGGUUAUUGUACAAUAUAAGAAUAGUAAUUCAUAAACUAGUAGAUAACUGUGCUGACAAAAAAAUACCAUUGUUUAAAAAAAAACACAAAACACUGUAAGCAGUUACAAUGCUACUCACUACUUAAGUACUGUAUUUUUUUACCAAAUACAUUUUUUUUUUACUUAUACUUGAGUACAUUUUUUGGAUGACUAAUUUUACUUGAGUAAUAUUGCUUUGUAGUUACUCUUUUAGUAACUCAAAUUUUUGGUUACUCUACCCACCACUGAUGCAACAUUAGCAUACCGUACACUUAUUCAUCCUAUUGUUCACUAAUGUAUGUUUAUUAUUUCUACCUCAAACUGCCUGUCAAGAUGACCCUUUUUUAUUUUAAAUUGCAUGUCCAGAUGAAAUGUCUGUUCUUGGUAUUGGAUUUUAUCGAAUACAUUUCCCCAAAAAAUGCGAUUUAAACUCCAGUGCGACUUGUUUUUCUAUAUGUUUUUCCUUCUUCUUUGCGCAUUUUUAGCUGGUGCAACUUAUACUCAGGUACGGCUUAUAGUCCGAAAAAUACGGUAAGCUCUUUUAGCUGCAUUUUGUAAUUUAAAAAAUAUAUCUAUAUUGUGUGUGUAAUUAUGUGAUCCAUUAAAA